AUGGAAUCGUCAAGAGUGUUCGUCAAGAACCUGCCGCCCUCCAUUUCCGAGGCUGAGUUCCGCAAACACUUUUCGGCCCAGGGCCGCGAAGUCACCGAUGUCAAGCUCAUCCCCAACCGCCGCAUCGGCUUUGUUGGUUACAAGUCGCAUGAGGAUGCUGCAAAGGCCGUCAAAUACUUCAACCGGUCCUUUAUUCGCAUGUCCAGGAUUGGCGUUGACCUAGCCAAACCGGUAAGCACAACCCCCCCGUCCCAACCUGCGGGAGCUGUUGCUAAUCAUAGAUGCAAGAUUGCAGACUCAAACCCAAGACUGCCAACCGCAAAGGAUGGUCAACGCCAUGGGGUACACAGGGGUUCUGCUCUCGAACCUAACGGUCCCAGCAUAGAGCAGCCCGAGGACGAAAGUUCCAAGAAGAGGAAGCGGGAGGUGCUUGACGAGGCGGACCACAAACUGCAAGAGUACCUCGAAGUCAUGGGCCAUCCGACCAAAAAGGCUCGAGACCAGGAAGCGUCAAGCGGCGAUGUCCAGCCAGAGUUGGCGUCCGCGCUGCCCCCUACUAUUAUGGAAGCAGGCGAGAGUGACGACGAGUAUGAAGACAUCCCCGCACGCCAUCCAAAAGGGUCAGCUCAGGUGUCUUCACUUCAUGUCGACAUCCCGUGUAUUCCUUCGGCGGAUAGCGAGCACCCUAUGCCCGCAGCAGGAGACGGACCUGCAAGGGAAGCACCGCAAGUAUCCGUAGAUGCAACGGACGACGACUGGCUUCGGUCGAGGACAAGUCGUCUGCUCGACCUCGUGGAUCCAGAUGAUCCGGGUUUUGCCACAAGGGUAGCUCCAUCAGUGCCUGCGGCUGUAUCUGCACCCGAACCUCAGACGCCGACGGCGGAUGCUGCUGAUCCCGAGCUUGAUGGACCCAACGAGGACGCUCCCGUGCAGGCUGGGAGUAGCGAGGACGUUGCCAAGCUAGUCGAGAAGACAUCAAGGCUAUUCCUCCGAAAUCUCAGUUAUAAUGUCAGUGAAGACGACAUCAGGGAACACUUCAGCAAAUUUGGAAACCUUGAGGAGGGCCAGAGCAAGGGUUUCGCCAUGAUUCGGUAUGAGCAACCCGCUGCCGCGGUCGAUGCAUUCCAAGCCGACGGCUCGGUUUUUCAGGGCCGAAUAAUACACAUCCUCCCUGCCUCUGCCAAAAGGGAGAACAAGCUUGACGAAUUCGCAAUUUCGAAAUUGCCCCUCAAGAAGCAGCAACUUCUCAAGAAAAAGGCCGAGGCCGCGUCCAGCAGCUUCAACUGGAAUUCACUUUUCAUGAGCCAAGACGCCGUUAACACAGCCAUGGCAGAACGUCUCGGAGUUUCCAAACACGAGCUCCUGGAUCCCACUGACGCGUCUGCUGCUGUGAAACAGGCAGUUGCUGAGACCACAGUAAUUCAAGAGGCCAAGGCCUACUUCGCCACCCAUGGCGUGAAUAUCGAGGCGUUCAAGUCGCAGCAACGAGGCGAUACCUCGAUACUCGUGAAGAACAUUCGAAACGCCUCGAUUGAGGAGUUGAGGACCCUCUUUGAGGAGCACGGCGCCGUGCUGAGAGUCCUGAUGCCACCAAGCGGUACCAUCGCGAUCGUUCAGUUCGCCCAGCCAGCAGUCUGCCGAGCUGCGUUUGCCAAAAAGGCCUACUCGCGGUUCAAGGAAUCGGUUCUGUUUCUCGAGAAAGGCCCGAAAGGGCUGUUCGUAGACCAUGCGGCCCCACCCCAAGAUCGCCCUGCUGGUGUUCAAAAGCCGUCCGUUGCCGAAUUGCUGGAACGCGAUGACGCUGAGGAUCAACUGGAGACGGCUUCUCUAUUCGUCCGUAAUCUCAACUUUUCAACUACCACCGAGGGCUUAACCAGCGCCUUCAAACCCCUGGACGGGUUUGUAAGCGCAAAGGUCAAGACCAAGACGGACCCCAAGAAGCCGGGUCAGGUGCUCAGUAUGGGUUUCGGCUUUUGUGCUUUCAAGACCAAAGAGCAAGCCCAGGCGGCUCUUAAGGUCAUGGACGGGUACGUACUGGAUGCACACAAGCUCCUUGUCAAAGCAUCGCACAGGGGUCAUGACGCGGCCGAGGAGCGAAAGCGUGAAGACCUCGCCAAGAAGGCGGCGGCGCAGCGGACAAAGAUUGUCAUCAAGAACCUCCCGUUCGAGGCAUCUAAAAAGGAUGUCCGCGCCCUAUUUAGCGCAUAUGGCAAACUGGUUGCACUUCGCCUUCCAAAGAAGUUCAAUCACACAUCGCGCGGAUUCGCUUUUGCCGAGUUUUCAACAGCGAAGGAGGCGCUCAACGCUCUCACUGCGCUAAAGGACACCCAUCUUUUGGGGCGUCGGCUGGUGCUUGAUUUUGCAGAGGCCGAUGAGGUCGAUCCGGAAGAGCAAAUCAAGGCCAUGGAGAAGAAGAUCAGGGGGCAGGUGAACAAGGUUACGUUGCAGGAGCUUACAGGAGAAGGGAGGAAAAGACCCACACCUUUCCCGUUGCGUCUGAUCGGUUCCUGCGUAGGGCUAAUCUUGUCCGCGUGCCUGGGGUGGCUUUUCCCCCGGAAGCAGCCCGCGGUCCCGAGACGCUCCGCGCCAACCGAGAAGCUGCGCAGGUUUUCAUGGGGCCCGUAUCCACGGCUUGGGUGCCCUUGCGUUCCAGUUGGUAGCAUGUUGGGUUUAUGUGUGUCCAGGAAGGCUGGACCAACAACCCUGUUUGGCAUAGGCGCGACAUUCGCCCUGGGUGGUGUUGUUGCGACGGCAUCCCUAUACCGGGAUGGGGUACACUCGAUCCUGGCCUGUGUUUGCCGCCCAGGAUACGUUGUAGGACUGACAUGUCCACUGUGCUCAACAAUGGAACUCCCAGUCGGACUUCCAGUACUCUCGGCUCAGUGCUAUUCACCAUCGCCGGAUCAUGGAUUUGAGGGCCGCCGUGGAGUUUCGAGUUCCAGGCAGCCCCUCCAGGAGUCGACCGGCAACAUCCAGCACCCUCACAUGGCCUGGUACGCCCAGCACCUAGAAGCUCUCUCGUCGAUCCCAUCCUCGAUCCCGCCGGCGAUGCCGCCUGUACUGAGGACACAGCCACUUGGGCCAGACUACGGCGCACCGGCGUAUGACAGAUCCCAGCAACGACACGAGGUUCACUCGCAUAGCAGACAGCGGACGCAGGGAUCCAACCCGCUCAUGCCCUUGUUGACGAAGGACUUCCAGAACUACCGGAAGAAGCAGGAAGACAAGCCAGACCAAAAAUGGCCUGAGGUGCUGGAGGGGUUCUUCCUAGAUGGGCGCAGUAAAUACACCAUGAAGCAACAAACAAACGGGCGGAACCAGCUCAUCGGCGAAUACCUGUGGAUUGCCUGCUGUCACGGCCUGAGCCCCGGAGCGGAACUCGACCCGCAUGUGUUGGAGGUGAAGGCAAGAGGAGGAAGGAAAAAGGUGUCCAGCCACAUCCAAGUGCUCAGGAACUUCUUUUCGGCUCAUCGUUGCUUUCACUUUCUAUUUGGCCCACGACAGAGGGACAAGGAGGACAUCCACGUCGAGAAAGGGUCCCUCAAGAACAACCCUGUCCUGAUUGCUUUGUCCGAGGGCCGCAUCGAGCGGCCUAACUACGAGUAUUUUGCACGGAUCUUCGCCCUGAAUGAACAGGUGCAGUUUAGGCCGAAGCGCUGCUGGAUCUUUGUUUCGCAUCCGGAUGUGGUCGUCAGCGAAUACGGGUCUGGGUACCUGCCGGCAACGGACGGCAAGCUCGUCGAGUCCGAGUACCCGCACCUCCCACGCAAUCUUCAACGGGAAACGUGGGCCAAGGAGGAACAGCAAUUGUUCAAGGGGGCACUCCUCCAUGAGUUCACCAAGGAAAUCCACCAGGUCGAGUCCAGCAGCGUCAGUAGUUUCAGCAAAAAAUGGGCGUCGGCAUCCCCGGAUUUGCAGCAACGGUUGAAGAAUAUCACCUCUUCAACCACGGAUGCGAAAUGCGACAUUUUGCACUUGCACGCCACGCUCGAGCUGAAGGAGAAGCGGAGCUUCCCGGCCGAGUCGAACCUCAGCUCAUGGGUUGAGAUCAACAUUGAGCAACCACGCCUGCUCAACCACCGGUGGCGGGUCGAGACGCGGCUCGUAAGACCCCCUGAGCUGAGCUACUCGCACGAUGACUCUCACGGAAUCUCCUCUCAGGAAGACAUUUGCGAGCGACACAAGGAGUUUACGAUCAAGUACCAGCACCAGCCAGGCUGCGACGGCUCCCGCAAUAGCUCUCGCGGGCAUUGUGAAUGUCUGUCCCAGCGUAACCGUCGCGACGGGGUUUCGGUUCCGUUUCCGAUCCCCUUUCCCGCUACGGCCUGGGCGCAAACAAUCACCAAUUGUGCCGAAUACCCAGCCCAUCCCUUCAGCGGUAACAAGAGACAUGACAGGGAGCGAGGCGCAGCCGUCAAGAUGGAUAACGAUGACGAGGAUGGGCGAAGAUCCCGUCGGCGCAUUAAGCAACCGACGCAAAUGGACUUGGUUCCGAGGAUUUCUAUGAUGCAGGAGGUUUUCUCGUGCCCGCCAACCUCACCUCACGAAGUUGGAAGCAGUAAUGCAGCAGAUCAAAGGUGGACGCGCCGUGCCGUGAUCCUCUGGACGUUUGAGACAAUCCACAGCAUUGUUGUCGACAAGAACAAGAAGGAGCAGCUAGUGACGGCCCCGAACGGGAGAACCAACUGGCGGUUCCUAACAAUUCUAGAUCCAGCCAGCGAACAACACCAGAGGCAGGCUGUCGCCAGCAGCCGCAGGGCUUCUGCUGACGAGUACCGGGGCGUCUCGGACAACCUCGCCUGCUCUUCCCGACCGGCAUCCCGCGCCGCCGCCCUGUCCCCCAGCCCGACCUACCAGCAGCACCUGGGCACGGGUGUGAAUGAGAACUUUUCCGCGUGGGAUAAUGGCGGCGGGCUUUCCUCGUUCUCCGGCCCAGCGGUCCAGGCCUACAGCACUCAUUUCAUGUCGCACGCGAUACCCCCGCACACGGCGGUAGGCCAGGGGAGUUAUGGUCUACUCGACAGUUUCAGUAGCCAUAGCAACCUGGCUACACCGCCUCCGAACGCCUCCAUGGCUAGUUCCUUUGCGCAACCCUUCAACACGGCCUCAACAAGCUCAGAUAUGCUGUCGGACGGCUACAUGGUCACGCAUGGCGCGGUGACAUCGGCGGGCAUGGACCCAGGCUCGCACAACCUGGGCGGUUCCCUCUCGGCGGUAACUGACCCUUUCUUAUCGCAUGUCGGCGCCGCAUACGGCGGCUCGCAGGACAAUAUCCACGGCAUCCAAGGCUGGGACGGCCACGGCGUCAUGGGCGGCAUAGACGCUGCCGCUUCCUGGUCAUCUGGAUACUCUAAUCACAGCGCAGUCCACAGCGUGCACAGCGGAAGCAUCGACUGGUCUGGGUCACAACCGGCGACUGUUCCCUCCAGGCGGGGCAGCGAACACCAACACCAACCGCACCAUCGCGCAGACCGACCGCCGUGGGCGCCACAAUCACACGCCAUGGAUGAUCACGGCGCCUGGACGCCCAUGGCCUCGGAACCCCCCCGGGUCGGCAGCCAGGACAGCCAUCAUCACCACCACGACAUCAGCAGCAGCAACCCCCACCACUCCCACCACAGCCAUCAUCCCAACCAACACGACCGCUACCGCCAACAAAGGCGUAAACACAGCCACCCCCCUCACACGCAUACUGACGCACCAUCAUUAUCAUCAACAUCAACGGGCAGCGGCUCCGACAUCUCACAGGAGUGGGAAAAAGAAAUGCAGAUGCAUGCACUACCGGGCUCGGGCUCGGGCUCGGGCUCGAGGUCAGUAUCCACGGGGCAUUCGCCUUCGUCGCCGCAUUCCCCGCGCUCGCUAGGACCGCUGGAGGGCGAUGAUUCGCUGGGUUCGCUGGAGCUGGCGCACGCUCCAGAUGAUGUGGAUGGGGGUUUGGGGAGAGAGGUAGCGGAGACUUCCUUGGGAGUGGCUAGGGCGGGUUUGAAGAGGAGGUGGGAGGAGGAGGAGGAAGGCGAGGGGUUGAGUUGA